UCUCUGCCCCAUCAUCCUUAGCUUCUACAUCCUCCACGCUUUCAUCGCCAGUGUUGCUCAACGCCAACCGCCAUCGCAUACAACUGGCUGCAAAACCUUUACAGACAUCAUACCCCCCAUACGAAUGAAGUAGAGGUCUUCGAACGGGAUUGAAGACCAGCCAACGAUGUCCCAGCAACGCCAAAGAGCCUCUACGAAGGCUGGUACGCCUCCCCUGCUGAGCAGCAGUCCCAUCAAGCGGCAGAGGCUUGGGAUCAGCCUCGAGCAGAAGCAGGCAAUCAUCGAUAACCUGCAACUGGAGCUGACCGAUCGCGCCAGGCGACUUCGCGCACAAUAUAAUCAGCAAGCACAGACCCUUCGAUCACGUAUUCAGAUGCGCGUCAACCGCGUCCCCAGAUCUAUGCUGAAGAUGACCAUGGCCGACUUGGUUGCAAGAGCCGUCGAGCAGCAAAAGCGUCUUGAGGGUGCUUCGGUGCCACCACCCGUACCUGAAAAGGAUUUCCCUCCCCGGGCGAGCCCAUACAAGCUGGCACCUCCAGCGCGGUCUGCUAAGCGGUUAAGUGAUGCUAUGGUAGGCGGAGACAAGGAGAACGAGCAGAUUCUCAACCCUAAGAAGAAGCAUCGUGCUGCCCCAGCGCCCCUUAGUUCCUCUCAGAUACUGUCACCAACGUCGUCAAACACUCGAUCACUAGCACGCGAAAGACCACCUUCUUCGCCGUCGAAGUCUUCUCAGAUCGCCCGGCCCACGUCAUCCCCUGCCAAACAGCACACCGGCACUCGAUCGGCUCUUGCGAACAUGGUUGAGAAAGCGAAAAAACCCGGUCGUGCAGCUCCGUCGCGUCCCCUAAACGCCUCGACAGCCAGCUCCAACGCGUCGGCACCUGCACCUGCUACAGGCACCGCGCCUCCCACGAGAACACGACGGGCCAACACCACUACGGCAGUCAAAGCGCCAUCGCGACCUGGGACGCGAACAGGCAAACGAGUGAGUGACUCUAGCGAGGAUAGCACAGGAACGGUUGUCAAGAAGACAACCACGUCGACUUCCACGAAAAGAACUGUCAUGGGAACAAUCAGGAAGGGCGUCGGUGCGGCAACAAACAGGAAGCCAGCAGCGCCCAAGUCGGCGCCGGCCUCUACAGUGGGAACCACGAGAGUUUUGCGCAAACGGGGAUAGUUUGCUACGGAAGAACCAAAAGAAGCAUUAUUGGGUACCUAUACGGCAUUGCUAGUAUAGAGGAUGGUUGCACGGCGCACUUGAGCAAGGUCACUUGUUGGAUUUACACGGCGUUUUGGCAAUUAUGACAGAAAUGAUUGACGGCCAGGCAUACUCAUAAUCAAUUGAUGAAUUAGUCUUCGCCCCUUUCCUGAU